AUGGGAAACCAGACCAGAGUGACUGAGUUCAUCCUCCUGGGGCUGACGGAGGCCCCUAAGUGGCAGGCGCUGACUUUCUUCUUUCUGUUUAUCACCUAUGCUCUGAGCAUCACCGGGAACCUGACCAUCUUCACCCUCACCUUGCUGGACUCCCGCCUUCACACCCCCAUGUACUUCUUCCUGCGCAGUUUCUCCUUCCUGGAGCUCUCCUUCACGUCCGCCUGCAUUCCCAGAUUCCUGGCCGUCAUCGCCACAGGUGACAGGACCGUCAGCUUCGCGGGCUGUAUGACUCAGUUCUUCUUCGUCAUCCUGCUGGGGGCGACGGAGUUUUUCCUCCUGACCGCCAUGUCCUACGACCGCUACGUCGCCAUCUGCCAGCCCCUACACUAUACGACCGUCAUGAGCCGGGGCGUCCGCACUCUUCUGGUCCUCUGCUCCUGGUUGGUCAGUUUCCUGGGCACCUUUCCCAUGACCAUGCUGAUCAGCCGGCUCGACUUCUGUGGGCCUAACAUCAUUGACCAUUUCGGUUGCGACUACGGGCCCCUCCUGCAGCUCUCCUGCUCUGACACGAAAUUCCUGGAACGGAUGUUUUUCCUCUUGGCCUUGAUGAUGCUCCUAGUCACCCUGGCACUAGUGACCGCGUCCUACACGGCUAUCUUCCGCGCCAUCCUGAGACUGCCUUCCGCCCAGCAGAGGAGAAAGGCCUUUUCCACCUGCUCCUCCCACAUGGUCGUGGUUUCCAUCUCCUAUGGCAGCUGCAUCUUUAUGUACAUCAACCCAUCUCCCAAGGCAGGGGUCACCUUCAACAAGGGGGUGGCGGUGCUCAACACGUCCGUGGCCCCCAUGCUGAACCCCUUCAUCUACACCCUGAGAAAUAAUCAGGUCAAGCAGGUCCUCAGGGACCUGGUGCACCGGAUUGAGUUUUUCUCCAGGAAAUGA